AUGUUAAAUAGAGUGGACACGUCUGACUUGUCUCCUAGUCAUCCGUGCUAUACCACAGUGAGGAAGAAGGUCCCUGGAUUCUUUUCCGAUGAAGUGAAUGGAAAUAUAAUUACAGAGUUCUGUGGGUUGAGGGCUAAGUCUUAUGCUUUUAAAAUUUAUGYCGGAGAAGAGGAUGAGAAGAAAGAUAAAGAGGACAGAGUAGGAGGAGAGAAAAUUAAGGCGAAGGGGAUACGGUCUCAUGUAGUUAAAAACCACAUGACGUUUGAAGACCACAGGAAGUGUUUGUUUGGGGAAGCUGGAGUGGAGGCGUAUAAAGAGAAUGUGUCAAUCAGGUCAUUUAAACAUCAACUAGUGACACUUAGAACAAAGAAGUUGACAUACAACAGUUAUGACGAUAAGAGGGUGGUGUUAGACGACAAAAUAAACACAUUAGCCCACGGGCAUUAUAGUAUAGAAUAA